UAAGUUUUGGUUUUUGUUAUUCAGUCAACGGGUGGGAUCUCCGUCAUUAGCGGACCAGGUUAUUAGCAGACUCAGACUUUGCCCAGAAUGUCAGCGGGAGCACUUGCGGGAAAAGUGGCCCUGGUAACAGGCGCCGGCUCCGGCAUCGGCCGGGCCACCUGCCGCCUCCUGGCCAGAGAUGGGGCCAAGGUGAUCGCCGUAGACCGCGACUUGCGGGCCGCCGAGGAGACCGUGCGGGAGUGCGGCCCGGAGCGCUCCGCCGCCCUGGAGGUGGACGUCUCCUCGGCCCAGAGUGUGCGCUCCUCGGUGGGCGCGGCACUGGCGAAGUUCGGCCAGGCGCCGACCAUCGUGGUGAACUCGGCGGGGAUCACGCGCGACGGCUACCUGCUGAAGAUGCCCGAGAGGGACUACGACGACGUCUACGGGGUGAACCUGAAGGGCACCUUCCUGGUGACGCAGGCCUUCGCCAAGGCCAUGAUCGAGCAGCAGCUGGAAGGCGGCAGCGUGGUCAACCUCUCGAGCAUCGUGGCCCGGAUGAACAACGUGGGCCAGGCCAACUACGCGGCCACCAAGGCCGGGGUGAUCUCCUUCACGGAGGUGGCCUCCAAGGAGUUCGGCAAGUUCGGCAUCCGGGUGAACUGCAUCCUGCCGGGCUACAUAGACACGCCGAUGGUGGCCGUCGUCCCCGACUCCGUGAAGCAGCAGGUGAUCCAGCGCUGUCCGCUGGGCAGGCUGGGCCAGCCGGAGGAGAUCGCCGAGGUCGUCGCCUUCCUGGCCUCCCCGCAGUCCUCCUACGUCAACGGAGCCGCCAUCGAGGUCACCGGGGGCCUCAAGUGAGUCGAAGGCCGCCCCGCCCUCUUGCGUAGCACCCAACCAGAAAUAUAGGGCACCAGAGCAUUGCAUUUAAUGGCCCGUCUUCUGAUUUCCCAAAGUUCCUAAAUAUAUGAGACGCGGCUUGAGCAGA